UUUUGCUGAAACCAUAGGAAUGCGACACACUUUGUAUUUACAGACCAAAGAUACAGCACUUUUAUGUAUAAAUACAUAUCCAUAUAUUUGAAACGCCAACAGUCGUUAUCUGUCACCGGGUCCGCUUCAGGCUUCUUCUUUUUUUUUUAAUGACGACGUAACGACGGUUUAAUUUCUUUCACGGAAACAACUUUGUUGCUGCAGGGAGUCUGUUUUUUUUCUCCUUCGUCCUCCGCUGCGUUUCCCACAUGAGAUCAGGUGGAUAGUGUGUUACCGUACCUGUGACUAAAAGUCUGAUGCUAGGCUGCAGCUGCCACAGCCGCCAUCAUGUUCACCAAAAAGAAGAAGUCUCGUAUCCAGAUCUCCGCUCCAUCCAACUUUGAGCAUCGCGUACAUACAGACUUUGACGAGCAUGAGCAGAAGUUUGUUGGGUUGCCACGGCAAUGGCAGUCGCUCAUCGAAGACACAGCCAAAAGGCCCAAACCCUUCAUCGACGUGACUGUCAUCACUACUGUAGAGCCACGCAAGACAAUUGUACGAGGCAGCAAGCUUGGAGUGGAUGGCUCUCUGACCUGGCUGUUGGAUGAGUUUGACACAAUGUCUGUGACUCGCUCCAACUCCCUGCGACGAGGCAGCCCUCCCAUCCAGCCUCGCAAGGACUCUAGCUCUUCAGGAGGAGGAGGGCAGGAGAACGGAGAUCCUCACCACAGACACUACUCACUCUCAGACAGAGACCGACCCAGACCAGACCUCCACCAGAGUGGAGGGGACCCCCGCCAGAGUCAGCAUGAGCGCCGUCCUCCUCAGUGGGACGAGGCAGUCCAGGGUCGGCCCCAGCAGCAGCCCCGGGGCCAAGAGCCCAGCAGGGCCCACAAGGACAGACCAGGCUCCGGCCCACCGCCUCCCCCUCACAGAGACAGAGAGCAUCGUGACCGGGGCCAGGUGGAUCAACCUAGUGACCACAGGCCAAAGUCCAGCUACAUUGUGCGGGAUGGCAGCCCUCAGUCUCCCAGGGACAAGAGGCCUCUCUCUGGGCCCAACAUCCGCACCCCAAACCUGCCGGUAACAGAGGGGGUGAUGAAGACUGCCCAACAGACCACGCGGCCGUUUAACACCUACCCAAGGACGGACAGCGAGGGAGGACGCAGUCCCACAGGACAGCCGGUUCGACACCAUGAAUCCUCCCCUCAAAACGGGCCCUCUAGUGGCUCCGCCCCAGGUUCCUCCAGCUCCAAGCCCCCUGUAAGCCACCCACACCCUCAUCACACUUCCCACCCCAGCCUGACCCCUGAGGCCACACAGCACCCACACACCCCUCACCCCAGCGUUCCAGCCCCGAGACCCCCUGUGCCCUCUGGGCCCCCAGCGCCAGGUGCGCCGACCCAGGGCCGCUCACCGCAGAGGGAGCCCCAGAGGGUUUCCCAUGAGCAGUUCAGAGCAGCACUACAGAUGGUGGUGGAUCCUGGGGAUCCACGGACCUACCUGGACCACUACAUUAAGAUAGGGGAGGGGUCCACGGGGAUCGUGUGUAUCGCCACAGUAAAGACCACCGGGAAACUGGUCGCUGUGAAGAAGAUGGACCUGAGGAAACAACAGCGCAGAGAACUCCUCUUCAACGAGGUUGUGAUCAUGCGGGACUAUCACCAUGAGAACGUGGUGGAGAUGUACAACAGCUACUUGGUGGGAGACGAGCUCUGGGUCGUCAUGGAGUUCCUGGAGGGAGGAGCUCUCACUGACAUCGUGACACACACCAGGAUGAACGAGGAGCAGAUCGCCACGGUGUGUCUGUCUGUCCUGAAGGCGUUGUCUGUCCUCCACACACAGGGUGUGAUCCACAGAGACAUCAAGAGUGACUCCAUCCUUCUCACUCACGAUGGCCGCGUGAAGCUGUCGGACUUUGGUUUCUGUGCCCAGGUGUCUAAGGAAGUACAAAGAAGGAAGUCUCUGGUGGGAACACCAUAUUGGAUGGCACCAGAGCUCAUAUCCAGACUGCCUUAUGGACCAGAGGUGGACAUCUGGUCUCUGGGUAUCAUGGUAAUAGAGAUGGUGGACGGGGAGCCGCCGUACUUCAACGAGCCGCCGCUCAAAGCCAUGAAAAUGAUCCGAGACAACCUGCCUCCCAAACUGAAGAACCUGCACAAGGUUUCCCCUCUGCUCAAGGGCUUCCUGGACAGGAUGUUGGUGCGGGACCCGGCUCAGAGGGCCUCGGCCAGCGAGCUUCUUAAACACCCCUUCCUGACGAAGGCGGGUCCGCCGUCAUGCAUCGUCCCACUGAUGAGGCAGAACAGGAUGAGAUGAGACACGUAACAAUAAAAUCUCCAGACUGUGGAGGGCAGCGUGUGCAGGUUCAGAUGGAAUAGAAUACUCCUGCACACAGAGAGGCGGCCCAAAGAGGUCAGAGGUCAUAGAUGAGAGGUGUGUGUGUGUGUGCGCUUCGGGCGAAACUCUCAGAAAGAGCUGUGAGCUGCAAAGUGCGAACCGGGUGUGCAGGAGUAUUCUUUUUUUCUUAUGUGAAUCACUGAACUCUGGGGAGUGUUCUCCCUUAAUAAGAGGCAAUAAGUGUGUGUGUGUGUGUGUGUGUGUGUGUGUGUGUGUGUGUGUGUGUGUGUGUG